GGAGUUUCAUUUGGACUCGGUGGCGUUGUAAUUCAUUCCUAAUUCCGUGGAGAGAUAGGUGGGCUAGGGUCUAGGUGGGUUAGCAAAACUCUGUCCCUAAGGGGCUUUCCAUUUUUUAAAAACAGAAAUAUCCACUAUCUUUCUCCAGUGGUGCUUUUGAAGGUGGGACAAGGAAGGGAGGUUUGUAGGUUUCAUCCGUUGGGUGGUCAUUCUGUCUUUGUUGGGAUUUAGAUUUGUUCCCUUAUCGCCACCCCUCCUUUUCCCUUCCUUUUCUUUCAUUCGGGGGGCGGGGGUCUCUAGUGAAGUAACACAGGAUACACCUGCCCCGCUCAGCUCGACAUCUCCCACCUUUUCCUCCCUGGUCAUAGUGUCAGAACUAAUUGGGGGCAGGUGGCGUGGCGGGUGGCUACUUAGUAAAAGGCAGGUUUCUUGGGACCAUUCCGGACAGUUUAGAGUCACUGUAUCUGUCCAGGAGUUGCUGCUACCCGUACUCUAGGAGUCAGAGCAAAGUCACAGCAGCUGGAGAGAGAGCUGCCAGGGACCUGUCAACAACAACCUUGCUACCAGGACUGAGGAACCCGGGUACCUCCCGGAGGGGAAGAAAGAGGAAACAGGAGAGACGGAGAUCUCUCUGGUAUCCCACUGUGGGUCUGCCUUAAGCUCCAGCAACAUCCUCUCCUUGCAACCCAGCAGCCGAGACCCGGGAUCUCGGCAUGACCGGGAAACUAGACAAUUCCGGGAGGAGGCUGCUCUCCUGAAGGUGAACCCCAAGGCAGAAGGGAGAGCGGGCGAGAGAGAGAGAGCGGGCGAGAGAGAGAGAGCGGGCGAGAGAGAGAGAGCGGGCGAGAGAGAGAGAGAGAGAGAGAGAGAGAGAGAGAGAGAGAGAGAGAGAGAGAGAGAGAGAGAGAGAGAGAGAGAGAGAGAGAAGCAGAGACAGAGACAGGCAGAGACAGAGACAGGCAGAGGCAGACAGAGACAGGCUGCGUGAGACGAGAAGUCUUUGCUGGGCAUUAGAAGCAAACCCAUACGGACCAGUGUAAGAGGGGUGAUCGCUACCGGAGCCUCUCAGAUCCCGCGGGUAGGGAGGCUGAACUGGCUGGACCUCACAGCUCCUCCGAGGACUGGGGGCGGGGGCGGGCCGGGAACCCAGGGAGUCUGGACUCGGACUGCCUCAAUCAACAAAUCUUUUGAUUACUUUGGCGGGGUGGGGGCCAAAACAUUAAAUCGAGAAAAAGAAAAGAAGAAACGAGAGACGCGCACAUCCUACCCACCACCUGCUUUGGGGAUUCCGGCUUGGAUUGCAGGAGAUUCCUAAAACCUAUCUUUGCCAUCCAAGAGAAGAAAAUAGACUCCUGCACACACACACAUACAUACACGCACACGCACUCACUCACACACAUACACACACACUCAGUCGUCCACACACACACGCGCGCGCGCGCACACAGACAGGGUCACACUCACACGCCCGCUCCAAGCACACACCAGCAGACCGCAGGUCUCUAUGCCCCUGGAUGCUGAAGGCGGAUUGGGAUUUAGGAAGAGAUGCAAGAAGGAUAAGACUGGAGCGGGCCCCCGGAAGCUCCAGGAGCAUCGCUAGGUGUUGCCACGGGGAAGCGGGGCUGCAGGGACGGCAUUGUGAGAGUGGCCAUUUAAGAAAAGCAGCAUCACAGGUCCUAGCAUCUCAAAGGUGCUUGGAAGAUAGUACCUUCUUGGAAACUUACCAACAGCUUACACCUAGGAUUUCUGUGGUUCAAAAGUCCACCAAGUUCUCCUCUUCAUACCAGCAGAGGGCAUGUUUCACAGCCCUGUCUCUUUAUGCCCAUCGACUAAAGGAUGAAUAAGAGAUACUUACAGAAAGCAACAAAAGGAAAGCUGCUAAUAAUAAUAUUUAUUGUAACCUUGUGGGGCAAACUAGCAUCUGGUGCAAACCACCAUAAAACUCACCAUGUUAAAACUGGGACCUGCGAAGUGGUGGCGCUCCAUAGAUGUUGUAAUAAGAACAAGAUAGAAGAGAGGUCACAGACGGUCAAGUGCUCAUGCUUCCCAGGACAGGUCGCAGGCACCACCCGAGCUGCUCCUUCUUGUGUUGAUGCUUCAAUAGUGGAGCAGAAAUGGUGGUGUCACAUGCAGCCAUGUCUUGAAGGAGAGGAAUGUAAAGUUCUUCCAGAUCGGAAAGGGUGGAGUUGUUCCUCAGGAAACAAAGUGAAGACAACAAGGGUAACCCAUUAGCUGAGGACAAAUCAUGCCAAUUUUAAGACUAAGGACAUUAAACAUACCCAUGUCUGGAAUGAAUUACUGAGAUCAACCAGAAGGAAGCAUUUUAUACUGUGGGGAUUGUGCCCUUUGGUAGCAUCCUCACAUUCUUCCCAAUGGAUUCUUGGCUUGCAAUGAACAACCCUUUAAGAGCAAAACUUCUCCAGAGUCAAACAUGAACUUCUUUCUGUAUUAUGAAGCUCUCAAUGAGGUUAAACUGUUUGCACUUGUAAAUUGAACAUGCUAGAAGAAUUUGAAGUUGCAGUCCAAGGAGCUGAUAUCUUCCCAGGUGAUGGAAGAGACACUAAACUCUUGGGUUCUUGGCUGCAGAUGUGAUUGCUUUUCUGGUUACUGAAAGCAGACUACAAAACACUGGCUUGUCUAUGCUCCUGGGCCUUCUGUUUCAUUGGCUGGUGGGACUGCUCUCAGCUUUAAUAAUAUUUCUUCUGUAGAACUUGUCCUCUGGCAUGGCAUACCUUUGGACAUUUUGAUUUGUAUCCUAAUCUUGGAGCUCUAAAAGCCUACAUAUUUUAACAUCCUAAAGUUGCUUUUGUUAUAGGAAUGGAAAUAUAUACAUAUAUAUAUAUCUAUUGUUAAUGAUGAUUGUUGGCAAGUAAUAGUUAUCUCAUACAUCAAUCAUAUAAAAAUGUGUAGAAAAGCUAACACCUUUCCUUCCCAAAAGGCAAAUGUACUCUGCUAGCUCUUUGUCAAUUAAAUAAGUAGUGGUCAGAGCUGGAGUACCAUGUUUAUUAUAAGAUAUUUUGUACCUUUAAAACAUCUCUUGUCAGGUUUCUUUUUUUCCUUCCCCAAAACGUGUUAUGUGCUUUGGUUCCAUAAUGUGCUAUUCUUCCCCCAAUUUCCACCAAUCAGAAAUAAGCAGUCACUAAUGUUAAGUAGUCCUGAUUUUUGAAAAUUUCCAGGGAUGCAUGCCAGUUUUAUAAUGCUGAACUUAGAAAAUGUUCAUUUAAAACUCCUUUUCAUUUUCCUUUGUCUCUCCUCUUCUUUUCUUUUUUUUCAAAAGACUAUCUCUGACUUGAACAAAAGUGGUGUUCUGGAUGCUUACGUAUUUGUUUGCUAAAUCUGUCUGUUAAUAGAGGAAAGGGUUCACUUCUCCCAGGCUUCAGUUCACAAAUAUUUGCUUACAGUUAUCCAAUUCAAACCAUUUCCUAGGCCAGUAUUUUUUUUCCCUGCAUUUUAGUGGCUAGCUUUUGAAUUUGUGAUUUGCUGUUCCACAAAAAUGUCUUCUGAAUAUUUAAAAAGCCUUAAACAUCUAUGAACUUGUUUUCUAAGUUAUUACAGAAUGUAUAAUUUUAUACUGCAUUUACUAUAUUCCACUUGUAACAUGGAAGCAGAGGAGAAUGGACAUUGCAUUCCUGAUCUGUACCAAUUGACUACAUGAUCCUGCAGGUGGGGAUGAAGAGAAGGGUGGGACUUCAGUACUUUUAUUUUGUAAACAAACAUGAAGAUUGUACAGAUGCAGGCCUAUUGAAAAUAAUUGUGUGGUCAAACUCAUUCAAGCAGCUGGCAUGAGGCAUCAAUAUGCUGGAGAAGCAGGGAAAUCUUUUUAUUUUUACAACUCAUUGACAUGGCCAAUUAGACAUAAAUUGGGUUCCAUGAUGGAUGUGCACCUUGGAGUGCUUUGGUAAUUCACUAUAUGCAACACUCUUCCAAGACCAAUUCAUUACCUCUGCUGUUUUAUUGUCCAGGAGAGGUAAAAUGUAACCAUUAUUGGAAGCUAAAUUGGAGAUAUAGACUUCUAGCAUCAUACUGAAGAAUAUUGCACACCAUCAACAUUUCUGGGGAAAGAGACGUGUAUCUGCCUCCAUUUUAAUUAGGAGUUGUUUCUAGAACCAGCUAACUGGCUCUGAAUACUUUUUUCAAUAAAAUGUAUAGAACUGGGCAGAAAGACAUGGGAGUUGGAAGGGGAGAACAUCUUUUAAAGGAUCAUUCCUUUUUUUGGAACAAUGCAAAGUGAAAGCUAUGUUAUUUUGUAGGCUAUGAAUUUGGCCUCAAUUUGAUCUUAAUUCUGCUUCAUGCUUCUCCAUAUUGUUUCCUUUGGCUCUUCUUGAAACCAACACUGGAAAUUCUGUAUUAUAUACAAGUGUAACACAUGCAUAUCAAUAGGUGAAAAUAAAUGGAUUUUCAGAUAUUCUAACUAGAUUAUUGCCAGUAGAUUAAUGUUGUGAAUUAUUCAGAAAAAGUGAAUAAAAUUGUGAUAUAAAAUAGA